UCACGUGGGAGGCAGCAGCCAAUAGACAUUCCCCUUUAGUGACAUCACGCUUUCCCUCGUCUGCCCAGUAGCUCCCGGUUCUAAUUGCCACGGCGGCAGAAGCAUGCAUCCAGAGGAGGAGGAAGAAACGGACUGCGGCUUGAGCGAGGUGCUACCGAGGGAACUGGGCUCGCUCUUCUCAGACACGUACACGGAAGAGAGCCACUACGCAUUCUGCGGGAGGGAGCUACGUAUCACUCAACACUAUGGGGCCAACCUAGGAGUUGCUGCUCCGGUGUGGGACGCUGCAUUGUUUCUCUGUGGCUAUAUUGAAGAACAGAAGUUGGAUUUCAAAGGAAAAAAAGUAAUUGAGUUGGGAGCAGGUACAGGCAUUGUGGGAAUCCUUGUGUCCUUGCUAGGCGGAUAUGUGACUUUAACAGAUCUCCCGCAUGCUUUGCCUCAGAUCCAGAAGAAUGUCUCUGCCAAUGUCUCCUCUAACAACCCUCCUCAAGUCCAUGCACUGUCAUGGGGCCUUGACCAAGAGAAAUUCCCACAGGACUAUGACUUUAUUCUUGGUGCUGAUAUUGUGUAUCUAAAUGACACCUACCCUCUUCUAAUCCAGACUCUGCAGUAUCUUUGUGGACCUCGCACUUCCAUAUUCCUCUCUUCCAAGAUGCGCAGGGAACAUGGAACUGUGCGCUUCUUUGAGGAUAUUCUACCCCAAUAUUUUACUUCAGAAUUGGUUAAGAGAAAUGAAGAUGAAGGAAUAAAUAUCUACAAAGUCACCUGCUUUCAGAACUAAAAGGGGGAAAAAGCUCAUUCCACUCAUUCCAGGAGUAUUGAACUUUCAAACCUUAUUUGAGAGGUCAUUCCUUUUGAACCUUUGCAAGGAUUACAUUCAUUUAUAUAGAAAAUCUCCUCUCUCUCUCUCUCUCUAUAUUACUACUUUUAUCAUGUAAAUUUAUAUUUUUCUACAUUUACAAAUGACUGACACUUUUUCAUCAGUGGAAAUUGGAAAGUUUUUUUAGAAUUGUAUUUUCUACUUUUAUGCAUAAAACAUGUUUUGGGGUA